UGAGCGUGCGGCGCCGCCCGCAUCCCGGAAGCGCUUUACGGCCGCGCUCCAGGCCCCCUCCCCCUCUCCCUCCUUCCCCCCCUUCUCGGAGACCCGGGGCAGACCGGAGAGCGCCCCCGCACCCGCAGCAGGAGCGGGGGGGGUGCCCCCCUCCAACGGCCGCCGUCCCGACUCCAACGGCCGCCGUCCCGGAGGCCCGGGGCAGAGCGAGGGGCCGGGUGGGCAUGCAGCCGCCGCUGGAGCCGAGCUCCCAGCGCAACACGAAAAUGCCAGAAGCCUCAGAAGAUCAUAAUCAUUGGAAAGUCUGUUGACUUCCAUUUUUUGAUAAUCUGGAACAUCACCUGUCUGGCAUGGCUCAGGGCAGUCAACAACUCGAUGUGCAGGUACUCCAUGAUCUCCGACAACGUUUCCCUGAGAUCCCUGAAGGGGUGGUAUCUCAGUGCAUGCUACAGAACAACAACAACCUGGAUGCCUGUUGUCGAGCCCUCGCACAAGAGAGCAACAAAUACUUAUACAUGGAGUACCAUAGCCCUGAUGACACCAGAAUGAAUAGAAAUAGCCUUUUGCACAUUAAUCUGGGUAUUCAUCCUCAUACCAGCUAUCAUGCAGGGGAUGGAGCUCAACUUAAUGGUGGUCGUACACUGGUACAUAGUUCAAGUGAUGGACAUAUUGAUCCACAACGCACAGCAGGUAAACAGCUGAUUUGCUUAGUUCAAGAACCACAUUCUGCUCCCGCUGUUGUGGCAGCUUCUCCUAAUUACAAUCCAUUUUUCAUGAAUGACCAGAAUAGAAAUGCAGCUACUCCUCCUCCACAGCCACCUCCACAGCCAUCUUCCAUACAACCAGGAAUGAACACGUCUGCUAUGCAAGGCCCUCCUCCCACGUUUAUGCACAUACCUCGGUACAGUACAAAUCCCAUUACUGUUACAGUAUCACAAAACCUCCCCUCUGGACAGAGUGUACCCAGAGCUCUACAAAUUCUUCCACAGAUUCCAAGCAAUCUUUAUGGGACUCCUGGCUCUAUUUAUAUUAGGCAAACAUCUCAAAGUUCUUCAGGACGACAGACUCCUCAGAAUACACCGUGGCAUUCAUCGCCACAGGGCCCAGUUCCACAUUAUACUCCCCGUCCUCUACCUGUGUAUCCACAUCAACAGAACUACCAACCUUCUCAGUAUUCUCCUAAACAACCCCAGAUCCCUCAAUCAGCCUUUAGAUCACCACCGGCAUCCCAGUGCCCCUCUCCCUUUGGCUCUCCUCAACACCAGGUUCAGCCUCAGCUGAGUCAUCAGAGUUCACAUGUUUUUAUGCCUCCUAGUCCUUCAAAUGUCCCUCCUCAUCCAUAUCAGCAAGCAUCACAGACUUUUCAAAAGCAAGGCAGUCACUCUGUAUCGUAUCUUCCUCCUUUUGCUGGACCUAGUUUAUCCAAAGGUUCCAUGAAUAAAAUAGAAAUUACAGUUGAACCACCACAAAGACCUGGGACUGCAAUGAACAGAAGUCCUUCACCGAUAAGUAAUCAACCAUCUCAACGAAACCAGCACCCACUGUAUGCAGCCACUACUCCUCCUUCAAGCUCUCCAUCAAGAGGUAUGUCGGGUCAACCCAAACCUCCAUUUAGUGUUAAUCCAGUAUAUAUUACCUACACUCAACCAACUGGACCUACAGGUGCACCAACACAGUCUCCUCGGGUAAUGGUAUCUCAGCCAAACCCAACUAUUUUUAAAAUCACAGUAGGUCGAGCACCGACUGAGAAUCUUUUAAAUUUAGUGGACCAAGAAGAGCGUACUGCAGCACCAGAACCUAUUCAGCCUAUUUCUGUAAUCCCAGGAUCUGGAGGAGAAAAAGGAAGCCAUAAGUAUCAGAGAAGUUCUAGUUCUGGGUCGGAUGACUAUGCUUACACUCAAGCCUUGCUAUUACAUCAACGAGCAAGGAUGGAGAGAUUAGCAAAGGAACUGAAGCUUGAGAAAGAAGAGCUUGAACGCCUGAAAGCUGAAGUCAAUGGUAUGGAGCAUGAUCUAAUGCAGAGGCGACUUCGAAGAGUUAGCUGUACAACUGCAAUUCCAACACCUGAGGAAAUGACCAAAUUGAGAAGCCUCAACAGACAGCUCCAGAUAAAUGUUGACUGUACACUGAAAGAAGUUGACCUCCUUCAGUCCAGAGGCAACUUUGAUCCGAAAGCCACGUGUAACUUCUAUGAUAACAUAGAGCCUGGUCCUGUUGUGCCACCAAAGCCAUAUAAAAAGGAACAUCCAAACAAUUCCAAACAGACUGCACGGACUCAGCCAAGAGAUGAAGACUUUGAAGGAGCUCCAUGGAAUUGUGAUAGCUGCACCUUUCUAAAUCACCCAGCACUAAAUCGCUGUGAGCAGUGUGAAAUGCCACGAUACACUUGAAAAUCAAGAAGGGGCUUCAUUGGGUUGAAAACAGGCUCUCAAGCCAACAGCUGUAGGAGAAGGAAACAUGGGGAACCUUUCAGUCCAUUUGCCCAGCCUUUGCUAGUCUCCAAUCUUCAUAGUGCAAAGGGGUGGGGGAAAUGUGUUAAGAUGUUUCUGCUUUGUGACACACUAAGAAAGAAAUAAAGAUGAAAUUCUUUCUUAUCCUAUUACAGUGAGCAAAGCAGAAAACAAAACCUGAAAAUGUAAAAGGAUUAAUUUCAGGAGGAAUGUAUGCAGGAAAGCAAAUAACGACUGGUGUUUAGUCCUGUGGUUGCAGUUACUGCUUAGUAGCUCUUAAAAAAAAAAAAUAUAAUAAUAAUAAUUUAAAAAAAAAUCAAGUUAUAGGACUCUUAGUAAUGGUGUGAAAUGUUACACUGAUCACAAAAAACUGAAGAGCCAGAGUUAAUUUAACCUGGCUUUACAGCUAGCUGGAAAACAAAGGCUCCCUGUGCUUCUAGAUUGUAAGCUAAUGAAAAAGAAGACAGGUAAAUGCAAACAUAAAUUUUUCAAUGUAUAGAAAGAGAAGGGUAAAAACAAGACAUAAAAAUACCCCUCUCCUUGUUGUGUUUUUUUUUUUUGUUUUGUUUUUUUGUUUUUUU